AAGAUGUCAAAACUAAUGACAAAUAAAUGUCAAAACAAAAUUUUUGGUGAAUAAUUACAAUUAUUUUUAAAACUAAUCGUGUUGGCGAUUACAAUAAUAAGGAAAUAGCAAUUAUCGUUUCUGCUUGCAAGUAAUAAUAAUCAGGUUUCGAGUGCUUUAAAUCAGAAAUUGUAUUAAAUAUAAUUGAAGAUGGUGUGUGUUCCAUGUUUCAUCAUUCCUGUUUUGCUGUUUUUGUGGCAUAAAUUUAUUCAACCGUAUGUUCUACGCUUCUGGAAUCCAUGGGCUGUGAAGGAUGCUGAUGGCAAUGUAACAACAGAAUUCCCAUUCAAAUGUGAAGGUGGUGUUUGUGCAUUUAAGAAGAAAGAUAAUAAAGUGACUGAAAAACCCGAGAAUGAAUUAAGUGACAGUAAACAAAGCCCCGAUGUAAGGCUAAAGUCCGAAUGAUUGUUGAAUAAAUUUAGAUUAUUAUUUAUUAGUUUCGAUAAACAUAUUAUUGAACAGUCAUUUGUCCAGUCUGCUUUUUAGGCCGUGACCUUGAUUUAUAUUAUCUUGACGUGUAACAAUAUGGAUUUGAGUCAACAGCAAGAAAUUUGUAAAACAAUGGAUAAUAGUUAUUGUAAAUUUAAGUAAUAUAUUAUAUUAUUUAA